UCCCUACGCCCGUCGUCCGAAGGCCUCAUCUCACAAAAAUCUAUUCUCUCUAGCCCUCUCUACCUCGACCCACUGCCUUUAUAUUCUUGCCGAAAAGGCUGAAGCCUGCGAUCUCCCUACGUCCUCGUCGCCUACAAUUCUCAAUGCAAACCUCUUGUGCUUUCUAUCCUACCCCGUCGCCGGAACCCUAACCGGCCAUUCACCUCCGGCGAAUCCUCCGGCGAGGCUUAUUUGAGUCGUUCUUUUAAUGAUUUUUCUAUUUGAUUGUAUUGGCACCUAUUCUACUUCUUGAGUUUUAGGGUCUCUCUCUAUUUCUAUCUCUAGCUCUUUCUCUUUUUGCGUGCUUGUGUAAUCAACAACAGCAACAACAACAACAGUAACGCCUAUGGCUCCGGGGCGUAAAAAAGGAGCGAACAAGGUGAAGGCGAAGAGUCAAUUGAGUUUGGGCGAUCUCGUUCUUGCUAAAGUCAAGGGCUUCCCUGCUUGGCCUGCUAAGAUAAGCCGCCCUGAAGAUUGGGAGCGAGCCCCUGACCCUAAGAAAUAUUUUGUCCAGUUUUUUGGAACUGAGGAAAUAGCUUUUGUUGCGCCUGGUGAUAUUCAGGUAUUUACAAGUGAAUUAAUGAAUAAAUUGUCAGCUCGAUGUCAAGGUAAAAGUAAGUAUUUUGCCCAAGCUGUGAAGGAAAUCUCUUCAGCGUUUCAAGGGUUACAGAAGGAAAAGUCGAGCAGUUUACUAGGUAUUGAUAGAUCAGCACUUGGCUGUGAGGCUGCAUCUGUUGAUGGGAUAGCAGAUGAGAUACUUGAAUUAAAUGAUGGCAUGGGUACAAGUGAACCCAAAAGAGAAACGUGGGAUGAGGAAGGUGAUUUUCGUUCUAAGUUGAAGCAUUGUUCUCACAGACAAGGCCAAACUGAAUAUGAAGAUAUAAAGACUUCUAUUUCAUCUGAUGUGAAUGAUAAUUCAUCCCUGGUAAUGUCUUCUGAGAAGAAAAUUAAAAUAUCCAAUGAUGAACAACCAGAGUUAAAAUUAUCUACAUCAUGUUUGGAUAAUCAUUCUUAUGUAAUGCUUGAAGAAUCUGGUGAUGUACAUGAAAACAUUAGUUGCACAAAGAACCCUGGGAACGCUGAGGGUGCAUGGAUGAAUGGUCAUCAGUCUAAGAGUAUGGCUACUGAAACAAAGAGGAAACCUGAAGGUGCUAUUGAGGGGCAUAAAAGCAGUGGAUCUGCCGCCUGUGGCCUCCCUGAUAAUGGUAAAAAAUUGAAAGAUGGAGCACAAGAAAAAAAUACUUCUGGUGGCACCAUAAGGGGGUUUUCUACUGAUGCUUCUAAAUCAGAUUCUGAAAUCACAACUGGACAAAAAGCAAAAGAACUGCAAAAAGGAAAAAAUAGUUUGAUGGUGCCUGAUAGUAUGCAUGAAAAUGUUUCAAAUUGCGUUGGUGAGAUCUCUGACAAGAAAAAAAGGGCCCAAUCUGGGCUUGGAAAAACAAGUGAAACUUUACAUAGUGCAAAAAAGCCUAAGUGUUUAGUUCUGGGGGAUGCUACUGCUAAGGAAUCUAUCACAAAAAACAUGAAGCAUGUUUCUCCAAGCUCUAAUGCAGUUACUCAGUCCAAAUCACAUGAGAAAAGAGAAAUCCUCUUGGCUUUAAGAGCCCAAACAGGAAUAACAAAAUCUGAUGGUUCUGCUCAGGUGGCAAAAAAUAAAUCUGAUAUUUCUUCCCGAACAAGGAAGGUUAAAUCUGAUGUCUCCAUACAAAUGUGUAAAACUAAAGCUGAUGCUCCUACACCAGCUAGCAAAGUUAAAUCUGAUGCAUCUGUUCAAAUGGGUAAAGCUAAUUCUGAUAUUCCUGCUCAAACAGGAAAAGGUAAACCUGAUGUUUCCAGUGAUGAAGCGGUGCUGCCUGUAUCAAAACGUCAUAGGCGGGCAAUGGAGGCAAUGUCUGACUCGGCUUUCCUCAAUUCCAAUGAUAAGACUGAAAAAGUUUCUGUAGAACUGAAGAAGGACUCUUCUAAUAAUGCUAGAGUUCCGGUUAAUCAACUGCCCAAAAGACGGAGAGCUGUUUGCCUUUAUGAUGAUGACGAUGAAGAGGAAGAUCCCAAAACUCCAAUUCAUGGUGGAUCCACCAAAAGUGUUAGAGCGCCUUCAGCUGUUUUUGGUACUUCUACAAGAACGGACUCUCAUAUUGGGAGUACUGUUAAUUAUCAGCAUAGAAGCUCUAUUAAUGUUCAGCAAAGUGUUGAGGAUUCCACCAGAUUUGAGCAUAAUAGUUCAAAGGAAUUAUCUUCACAAUUGCGUGAUGAAUCUCUUUCACCUUGCCGACCGAAAAGUGUGAAGAGGCCUGACACACAGGACUUUGUUAGUCCUGGGAAAUUAGCAGCUGAGCAGUUAUUAUCUAAGGAUGUCAAAUUAAUGUUGAGUUCCCCCAAGAAGUCUCCUCAUCCACUUCCUGUGACCAGACCACCUCUUGAACAGCCUAAGGCCUCAAAACCUUUAGUUAAAGCUUCCAAUGGCGGUACUCUGAAGAAAGUCCAGUCUGGGUCUGGUAAGGUUUUGGGUCUGGUUUCUGAUAGUUUGAAUACUUCUCAGAAUCAUGUGGGGAGUCAAAGAAAUAGACCAGGUAUGUCUGGAGAAAGACACAAAAAUACUCCAAAAGGACAGAUGGGUGACCCUGCUGUUUUAACAGAACCAUCAACAGAACAAGAAGGGGUUACAGAAGAUAGAGGCAGUUCAUUGGUUGAUUCCAAGACUCCAGAUUCUGUUAUGUCCAUGAAGCACCUUAUAGCAGCUGCUCAAGCAAAGAGGAGAGAAGCUCACUCACAACAUUUCUCUCUUGGAAACCCUUAUUCUUCUUUUAUAUCCAUCAAUGAUCCUCAGGGAAGAAGUCCCAGUCACUCACCAGUUCAACCUUUUUUAUCUAGCAGCAGCAUUGUGUUACAGACUGAUCUACAGGGUUUUCAACAUCGUGUAGUUUCUCCAUCUACUCAUGGUCAUCAAUCAGCAUCAUGCAACCAAGUGGAUACUGAAGAAUUUGAGGAGCAAAGAGUUAGUUCUAGCCACAGGGCUGUCGGAGACUCUCUAAGUGGUGGAACUGAGGCUGCUGUAGCUCGUGAUGCUUUUGAGGGGAUGAUAGAGACUUUAUCAAGGACAAAAGAAAGUAUUGGCCGUGCAACACGGCUUGCCAUUGACUGUGCCAAGUAUGGGAUUGCAAAUGAGGUUGUGGAACUUCUAAUCCGGAAAUUGGAAACUGAGGCCAGUUUCCAUCGUAAAGUGGACCUCUUUUUUCUUGUUGAUUCAAUCACUCAGUGUUCACAUAAUCAUAAAGGGAUUGCUGGAGCUUCAUAUGUUCCAACAGUUCAAGCAGCAUUACCCCGACUUCUGGGUGCUGCUGCUCCUGCAGGAACUGGUGCUCGAGAAAACCGUCGUCAGUGUCUCAAGGUUUUACGAUUGUGGCUUGAGAGGAAAAUUAUACCUGAAUCUGUUUUGAGGCAAUAUAUGGAUGAUAUUGGAGUUUCAAAUGAUGAUUCUUCUGCUGGAUUUUCCCUUAGACGCCCAUCUCGAGCUGAGCGAGCUGUAGAUGAUCCCAUAAGAGAAAUGGAAGGCAUGCUUGUAGAUGAAUAUGGCAGCAAUGCUACAUUUCAGUUGCCUGGCUUUUUAUCGUCUAAUGUAUUUGAAGAUGAAGAGGAGGAAGAUGAUCUUCCCGGUAAUUCAUUGAAGAAAGGUGUUGAUGUGUCAUCAAUAGCAGAACCCACCUGUACUUUAGGAGAGUCAGAAAUUUGUAUUAUUACUUCAAAUGACAGGCGUCAUUGCAUCUUAGAAGAUGUGGACGGUGAACUUGAAAUGGAAGAUGUGUCUGGACACCAAAAGGUUGAAAGACCAUUGUUCACAAGUUCUUCUGAAAUGGAUGCACCACAGCAUUGCUCAGAUGGAGUUCUGGAGACUCUAGUCACCAAAUCUGUUGAGCUUCCUUCUCUACCAGUGGGUUCUCCACCAUUGCCUCCUGAUUCUCCUCCCCCACCGCCACCUUUUCCUCCCUCACCCCCGCCACCACCCCCACCUCCACCGCCGACAUCACCACCACCACCUCCACCUCCACCACCUCUUCCAUCACAGCCACCUCUUCCUGUACCACCUUCAGGCCCUUCACAAACAUUGGUACCUCAACCAUUAGCACCAUCUCAACCUUCAUUGGUAUCUCAAUCAAUUCUACCUUCUGUGUCAUCAUUGCAGUCCUCACCACAAUUGGUGUAUCCACCAGCUGUCCCUCAAGAAUAUUGUAAUUGCAGUACAUCCAGUGGUAAUCAACUUGCUCAAAUGUCUGGAAAUAUUCAUGGGAAUCUUAUGGAUGCCGGUGUAAAAAGUGAAUGGUUUCCCCAGAAGUCUCCUUCCUUCACUUCUGCAGCAGUUUGCAGUUCUAGAGAAUCUUUAGGAUAUAUUCCUUCAAGGCAAUUGGAAUAUGGACAUAAUGACCUGUAUUUAAAUCCCCAAGCUUCUCAACAAAGCCCACAUUUUCAACCAGGAAGUGCACCUUUCACACAAAGACCUUUGCAUCCAACCCUGCCACAAACUGCAUCUGGUCAAUUUUCUUUUGCAAAGCCUGCUAUUCAGCAACAUCCUCAGCAUUCAUAUCCUCGUCCGUACACUAUGCCUUCUCAUCCUGAUGGACGAAGGCGAUUUGUUAGUGAUGAACUUUGGAGAAUGCCUUCAAGUGAAUUUAACACAGAUAAUCAGCAUGGCACAUGGAUGAGCGGAAGAACCCCUACACAUGCUGGCCCUUCUUUUGGGCAGGAAGGUUACUUUCGGCCACCCCUUGAAGGGCCACCGGCUAACAAUAUUGGUUUUCAGCCCAACAAUUUACCAGCUGCAGCUCCAAUACCAGGUCAUGGUGUUCCACACAUGUUGCCGUGUAGACCAGACAUGCCGGCCCUUAAUUGCUGGAGACCUGCUUAAGAACAAGUCAAAAGCUUCCUCAAUGCUGUGGUGGGAAAACAUUGUUGUGAAUUCACUUCAUAAUACAAUUUAAAAUGAAGGUUCUGCUUCUGGACAAGAUACAACUGGCAUUUGAAGGUAGUCUUUAGACCAUGUGGAAGCUCUUGGCAGGACUGUAAAAUGUAAUAUUUCCUGACAAAUGUAUCCCGGGAACAUUUUCUUCUGAGCAUAGGCCCAUGUUUCUGACUUGGUUGGGCAAAACAUUAAGCCAAAAAUUACUGUCGUUUGUGGUGUUUCAUCAUGGUAAACACUGAAGAAUAAGAUUCUAUGGCAGACAAUUUCUGCAAAACGUUGAGUUAUUGGUUUUGGCAGUCCAUCAAAGAAUGGUCUUCCAAUAGCUGCAGCUGAAAGGGCCUGUAAAUCUGGCUUUAAACUCCACUUGGAUGUUGGCCAGAUGGAAGAACUGCUAUUGUCCUGAUCAUGCAAGUUUGAUGUGCUUGAUGACUUCCUUACACUAGAAAAUCCACCUGCAGCAAGAGAAUCAAUAGGUACAGGUGUUAAACCACUUGCUUCCCUAUCAACUGGCAAUACAGUUCUACUAGCUGCCUUGGAUCUCAGAGCUAAGCUCUUUCCUGUGAUUGCUGAACUUGCAGCCCCACUGCUCUCCUCCAUCAUCAGCAUUUCAGGUUGGCUGGAACGCCUUCUAACCAAUUUCUCAUUCCAUUUCUCUGAGUCAGAUUCCCUCAUCUCAAGAAGUUGGUUAUCAGCCACCUCAUCAUUCUCAUUUUGUAAACCAUUAAUGAAGCUCCUAGAUUUCCUAUGAUGGCUCAAAGGUGUAUUGGAAGCUGGUGAACGUCUAAGGUGUUGAACAUCUUCCAUUUUAGAACCUUGAGAAAUCUUUUGAUCUGCUAUUGGCUUAAGCCCAUAAUAACCUUGCAAAGAACUCAUGGCUGGAGAAACCUUCCGCUGUGAAGACUUGAGACUCAAGGAUUUGAAAGUGUCAAUGAGAUCCAGACAGGGUGAAGUCUGCUGAGAACUACAGUGUCUGCAAAAAUUGUUUAGCAUUGUAAUCAUGGAUAUUUGGGACUGAAUUCUAAUAAAAAGAUAGGGCAAAAAAAAAAAAAAAAAAAAACAAUGUUAGAUAUAGAACGUAAUUAAUGUUUUUUUUUCCCCCCUUUUCUGUCUAUCAAAUAUUAAGACAAUUGCCUCAUUUAUUGAUUCUAUAUAAUCUAAUAUGUCUACAAAGUAUAAAUUCUAUUAUUAAUCUAUUCCCUGCUUCUUAAUUGUGA